CAGCAGCUGCCCGUAGUUAAGAUGGCGGCGGCGGCGGCAGCAGGGGCUUGUGCCGCACUUCUUCUGCGUCGUCCUGUGGGCCUCGGGCAGCUCCUCAGGUGCGGGGCGGCGCGAGGGCUUGGCGGGCGGCGGCGGCAGGCGGCCUCUUUGCCCUCGCUGAUCCCCGCGUCUCCGCAGCGGCGCGACGUGAGCAGUGGGCCGCGUCUCGAGGCGGAGGCGGCGUCCGAGGCCUUGAAGGCCGCGUCGCGGUACAGGCUCGUGUACACGUGCAAGGUAUGUGGGAUGCGGUCGGCAAAAACUAUUUCAAAGGCAGCGUACCACCAUGGAGUGGUGAUCGUGAAAUGUUCCGGCUGCAACAACCACCACAUCAUCGCAGACAACCUGGGCUGGUUCUCGGACUUGGUUGGGAAAAGGAACAUUGAGGAAAUCCUUGCAGCCAGAGGAGAGAAGGUGAGGCGUGUAGCUGGUGAAGAUGCCUUGGAACUCCUUGUCGAGGACCCUGAGUCAGUGGAGUCCCCGAGUCAGCCCUCAGAUGGAGAUGGAGGAAAAGGUCUGACAUGACGGGAUUGCUCAACUCUCCUUUGAGGGGGGAACCGCACACCUUCCAUGCACCCUUAUUUCAACACACAUGGCUUUCUCAAAAGAAAAACUUGGUUGCAAUUGUUUCAGUUAGUUUAAUUUAUCUCUUCCAACCUCCUGGCCUAUCACUUCCUGAUAAAUGCCUUUUUUCCAUCUGGACAAGAUGCAA